CUGCCUGGAGGCAGUAUCCGCUUUCCAGUGACUGAGACACCCAGAGGCGAGAGGAGCUCGGUGCAGGCUCUGACUAUAAAACCCACCCAGCCUCUGUGGAAACAGAGAACACGCUUGUGCUGCACUGGGGAGGCUGCCUGGUUCUGAGGGAGGAGUUGCUCUGCAGCUGCACGACAAGAAAACAUCUCAGGUGAAGCGUUUUUUCUCACCUUUGGAGCCACACAAAAAGAGGAGCUCCUUUCUCAUCAGAGGGCGCGCCUAUUAUGACUGACUCUCCAAGCCAAAGCAUAUGAUCAUCUCCCAUGGAUUUGUCAAAUCAAAGCACCUUCUCGGCCACAGGAACCGCGUCAGCCCCGGAUCUCAGCUGUCAUGUCGGCCGUGGCGCCCCUCAACUCCUCCGGCGCCGGCGCCCCUGCUAACCGCACCGACAUGGAGCGGCGUCCCGAACUGGUGGACGCGGCGGCGGCGGCGUGUAACGCCACCGCUCAGCGGAACCCCACGGCCGUGGGCCUCAACAUGACCCUGGGCAUCCUCUUCAACGUGGUGGCCCUCGUCAUCCUCGUCAAAGCCUACAACCGCUUCCGCAAACGCUCCAAGGCCACUUUCCUGCUCUUCGCCAGCUCCCUGGUGGCCACCGACCUGACCGGACACGUGGUCCUCGGAGCUCUGGUCAUGAGGAGGUACUCGACCAGCGCCGGGUCCAGGAGCAACCUCACCUCCGGCGAUCUGGAGGACCCCACCAAUCAAGAGGCCCUGUGUCAGUUUCUGGGAGGCUGCAUGGUGUUUUUCGGGCUGUGCCCGCUCUUCCUGGGAUGCGCCAUGGCCGCCGAACGCUGCCUGGGGGUCACCAAACCGCUGCUGCACGCUCGUCUGGUGACCACGGCUCGGACCAAAAUAGCCCUGAGCAUGAUCUGGUUCCUGGCUCUGUGCGUGGCCCUCCUGCCCUGCUUUCAGCUGGGCGAGUACACCCGGCAGUACCCGGGGACCUGGUGCUUCAUCAAAGUCAUGGAGGUCUCCAAAGCCACAGACUUGGCCUUUGCGAUACUCUUCUCCGGAUUGGCUCUGAGCUCGCUGGCGCUGGCCUUUGUGUGCAACACCAUCAGUGGGAUCACACUUGUUGCGGCGCGGCUGAAGAACAAGUCCAGCUCCCAGUGCUUCUCGGCAAGGUCCCACGACACGGAAAUGGUGGUCCAGCUGGUCGGCAUUAUGGUCACCUCCUGCAUCUGCUGGAGCCCUCUGCUGGUGUUUGGACUGAUCUCAGCAACACGCUCCUACGCUGACUCUCUACACCCGGACGAAAACACCUACAGCGAGCUGAUGGUGACCGGAGUCAGAAUGGCAACCUGGAACCAGAUCCUGGACCCUUGGGUCUACAUCCUGCUACGGCGCGCCAUCCUCCGAAAAAUCUACCGCAUCACCAAAAAGCAGGCCAGCCUCAAGGGGAGCAUAUUCCGCUCCGUCCGUCUGGAGCCCAACUCUCCUCUGAGCAUGGAGAAAAACUGCGUCAGCAAGAUCUAAAGCAGGCCGAAAGGGGACUUGGCCUUUCUUUUGAGGGAACGUUAUACGCUCGUCAGGCAUUAAGAUCAAGAGCUUUUCAUGAUGGCGACCCAGUUGGAAGUUAUGAGUGGUUCAGAUCUCUGCAUUCCAGAGCUGAAACACUGGCUGGUGAAGAACAGCAUCCAAUUCAAAAGGAAAACUCGCCCAACUCAGCGAAAGCACCUAAUAGUUUACAUUGAACUGCAACACCAGUCUGUCCUCUAUGAGAGCACAUAUACGGCGGUGCUGGGACGUUUGUGAAGCUUUCGGAUCUGCUCUGAUACAAGCAAAUGAGAUAAAAAUGUGUAUUUAAUGAAAGCCCGACCCUCGUUUGCUGUGGCGGUCUAGCUUGAACAAAGCAAUGUUUGAACAAAGCGCAUUUCUGGAGACUUAGCGAAUGACUUGUUUAUGUCCAUCGUGUUUUGAAAUGCCGCACAGCCAUCUGGUAACUGUGGUAGAUCCGACCGAUCCGGACUCCGACAGAUGUGCACACGUGUAUAAAACUGAAGGAUACCUCGUGUAGCAGGAUGUGCAAGAGACAAGAGCCAGCAUCUGGCACAAUGAAUACUGUCCGUGUCCAUGUUCAUGCAUCAGGAGAAUUUCCGAGGUUCAGUCAUGGCAGGGAUGUCUAAAAUGUCUAAAAAGAGUCACCACUGAUGAAAAAUAUAAUGAAAUAUUUGAUGUAAGCCUGCGAACAGUUUGGAUGAAAAAGAGGAAAACGAUAAAUGCAUGAACUUUGUCUCAAUCUCAAGCACGAUGAUGCAGAAACAUGGUUUGGUUCUGUGUUCUGCCAGAUUUAGACCAGAUUUAGAUUGAACAACCUGAUGUCUUGACAGAGUGUGAGGUAAUCACAGAUAACACAUGAGCUGAAAUUGUCAUGUAAAUGGAUUUUUCAGGCUUUAAAGUAGUCCCCCUACAGGUGACAGGAGGGAUGAGUAUGACUUAAAUGUGUUAAGGCAUCAGACCAUGUAGAAGGAUGGCAAAGAACGUUUAAAGGCAUAUAAAGUUAUUGGAAUCCGUCAAAGCUUUUGGAUUUCUGUAGAAUUUUCAGAGACAGUUUAUGUGACAAACAGCACUAACAUUCCUGAGCUGAAGCUUCUCCCUCCAAAGAAAAUAUCUAAAAUGAUCUGGAAGCCCAAGAGCUUCACAUUGCAAACUAUAAGCAAAGGCUCGUGCUCCCGUUGCCAAAUCAAUUUUUCAAUAUCGGAGCAUUUUUCAUCUUUGAAUGAAUUUCCAGGCAUAAUAUUUUUGUCUUAUUUGCACAGUCAGCUUCUCUUUCUGCUAUGAGGGGCCAGAUGUUUCAUAUUUGUGGACAGUCUUCUUAUAGGUUUCCAAAUGUUUCAGCACCAGUGUAGAUAAAAGACUUUGUGUGUUGGGCUUCAAAAUUAUGAACUUUUUCCUAAAUUGAAGACUUGGCAGAGUCUUAAAGAAAGCAUCUCAACUCAUAAGUUUUGUGUUCAAUGUUGUUAGUUUUGUGAUCUGAAUCUUGACUUGUAUUAAUGCUCAGACCUGAGCAAAGAGAGGCGGCUGGGCUUUUACCUCAGCAUGAAGAUGUGAAAAACCAAAUGUGACCUGAAUGUGAAUGGCUGUCUGUGUUGUGUCUAUUUGAAUGUAUGUACAGUGCAUUUUAUUUUUCCCCCAAGUGUCCUGGGGGACUGAAGUAAAGCUGAAGAUGGAAUGUAGGACAUAAUAAAUGGUUACCUGUUAAC